AUGUCUUCCCACAGCCACAAUUACUUGUGUCUCCGUAAUACAGACAAUAUCCGCACCAGCCUGAUCUAUGGCCGGAUCCCGCUUGGCGGUCGUGUCCCUUGUAUGUAUGCAACCAUCACGCAAGUCAAUAUGCAUACCUGCAUGUAUGAAGUUGAGUUCGGCUGUUCCGUUCCGCAUGAUUGCGUAUUGCAGGAUACUCUCUCUUUCACCAACCUCAUCCACCUUCAGCAGGCCAAUUGGGUCGGCUCAGUCGGCCUCCACAAUGGUCUCAAAUUUCAGCCGGCACUUGUUCUUUUUAACACAGCUCUUCGACUUAUGUUUGUCCGCAUGCCGACUGAUCAUUUCCACUUGCCUAUUGUUCUUGGCCGAUGUAAUCAGACCCACACUCACUGCCUGCAUCUACCCAAACGUGGGUUUUGUGUGUAG